AAUGUGGGUGGGCUGGGAACACGGCGAGUGUUUAUCAUAGACAAUUUAUUUUCCAGAGCUAAGUCAACAUAAAACAGCAAACGUACAACAAUUAUUGAACAUUUUAGACUCAUGAGGACGGAACGCGGCAGGAGUCUCGCAGUCUUUGCAGGAGCAGCUCUUGAUGCGGGCUCUACCCUCCGGACUCGCAGCUGGAAGAAGCGAGACUAAGUAGUAAUGAGCUUGUACCACAGUCGAGUGCCCCAGCUCGGUGUGCCCUCCUCGGCUCUCUCUCUCUCCAAUUCAUCCUUGAUUUAUGUGUAUGGAAGUGAGGGCGGGGGGCUGAUUCCAACUUUGGGGUUUGCUUCUCCUCGACAGGAGCCUCCGCAGAAACCUCCGUACAGCUACAUAGCUCUUAUUGCGAUGGCCAUCAAAAACUCGCCAGAGAAGCGUGCCACUCUGAGUGGUAUCUACCAGUUCAUCAUGGACCGCUUUCCUUUCUACCAUGACAACAAGCAGGGCUGGCAAAACUCGAUCCGACACAACCUGUCGUUGAACGACUGCUUCAUCAAAGUUCCGAGGGAAAAAGGGCGACCAGGGAAAGGCAGUUAUUGGACCCUUGAUACGAAGUGUCUUGACAUGUUCGAGAAUGGGAACUACAGGCGGAGGAAAAGAAAGUCCAAAGGCCAAGACGUGGGGGACGCCAAAUCGAGCCAUAAGAGGAGUAAAGUCCUAGUCGCUCAGCAGCAUUGCGUUCCUAAAACGGACUCUUGUACGCACGCGGCGCGCGAGGAUUCACCUCAGGGAGAGAGGACAUUCAGAGACUCAGGAAAGAAACACAAAGAACAGAAAAAUGAAGAAAUGAAGCCAGUCCUUGGUGAGUUGAAUAGGGUUCAAAUUCAACAGAACGCAUCAGUUCAUUACCCAGAUUUGAGCGCACACAGCAAAUAUCAUCCGACAGGCUCGUCUCAGGACUGUCACCCCGCAGUCCCGAAUCCUCAUGUUACAGAUGCAAGUACAUCAUGGCAGGAGGCAGCGAGGCUUGGCGCUCCAGCAGCCCACACGGGCGAGACGGAGAGCCGAAGCCCCGUUACUGCCGAUAAGAAGGAUUCAAGCGCCUUGUUAGGUUCAAGGAGAAGUGCACUUAUCUCCGAAGCAGAUUCCAACCUGUGCGUUCCUUCAUUCAAUCCCAUUAAAACUACAGAGAAAUCCAACGGUUUCAGCAUAGAGAACAUAUUAUCUAAAAGAGCCACGACAAGCCAGCGCAGGUGCAGUUUCGGGAGCUCCGUUGCGCCUUGCUUGGAGACGCGCAGUCACGCGCUUACCUCUUCUGUGCUACUUGGCGCGCGCAACCCGCGGUUGUAUUCGAUGGGAUUUCCACUCUGCUCCUAUUUGUCUCUCACUUGUCCCGAAAACGUCCUUCACCUCAGUUGAGUCUCACCUGGGAAAAUAAUUCCUGAUCAAACCUAUUGAGCAGCUUAAUCCACAGAAACAUUUUGGAGAGCAUUGUGGACUGUUCUCGUGUCAAUGUGUCUUUCCAUUUAUCCACUAUGCUUUUCACUGUUUAUAGAUUAAGUAUAUGCCUACCAUUUUAGCCACUUCUAAAUUCUGAAUGUGUUUUGAAAGCUAAGUGUGUGGUGUAAUUCCUAUGGAUAUAAACUGUGAUUUUGUUUGCCAUAACAGUUUUAAAUGAAGACAUAUGGGUUCCCAACCCCAUAUACUGAAGGUACUGCAUUGGGAAAAUGCGGAAUUAAAAAUAUUAUAGCUCAUAAUAUUAAACCGCACUGCCUUUUUCUGAUCUUUGCCAUUUCUAUUAAUGGAAUAGCAACUCCAGACAGAGUCAUUCCAAGGUUCUGCACUUGGUUUGUACUUUGGUGCCCUAGUUACCUUAGUUGGUGACACAUACUAGGGCACCAAAAAUAAUAAUAAAUGUGCUAGGUUCUUUUGAGGGCCAUUUUUGGACAGAUGUGUCACAGUGGAAGAUUCACCCCUUUUUAAGUGUUUGAAUAAGCCACUGGACAUUACAUAAAGGAUGCAGAGCCAUGUUAUACAAUUAGAUUCUAAAAUUAUCUGUCAGUUCCCAUCUGUCAGGUUUUUAUUUUUUAUUUUUGGGUGGAGUCACACCAGGGGUAUAUCUGUAAAAAAUGUUGCCUUAAAAUGUAGGUAUCCCUGGAAAAGGCCUCACUCAAACCUCUGUUGAAACAUACGAGUGGUUCCUUGCAUUGCAAAUAUAGAUGAUUUCUUUUAAAAAGCCUAUGUUCACAUCUGAACCAAAUGCUCAU